AUGAAAAUAUAGCACCUUCUCAUUCAAUUGUUAAUAUUUACAACUGUCUAAACAAUUUGUAUUUAGCUUUUAUUUGAUCCUUGGUCAUAAGAAAGAUUUGAAAGAAUGUCAAGAGAAAAUGCAAGAUUAUUUAAUCCAUUAUUAUAAAUAUUGAAUAGAAUUGAUUUCAUAAGAGAAGCAAUAUCUAUUUUAGGAAUUUUGAGUUCCUUAAUGUAUUUAUUCGGGUAUAAAAUAUCUAACUAUAUGAAGAUCAAAGUUCUUUGGGCAAAUGACUAUAUUAUGGCUAGUUUUUUAUUGGGUAAUAUUCUUUAAUUUCAAUAUCUUAAGAAGUGAAAGAUUUUUUGCUUAUGUAUUACCUGGAACAUUUGGAAUAUGUGCAUUUUCAAAUACACUUCUAAAAACAUUAUGA